AUGUUACCUCUCGGUCGCUCAACUUUGCCUGGAGCUCUUCUCGCUCAUAAACCGGGUCCUGCUAAAAACCCGUUUCUGGUUUCUGUGAAAGUCCGAUGCUUUCAAAGUGCUAGCUCUGCUGCUGCUAGAACAGAGGCUCAAGCGGUGCUCUUUGAGUACUUGUAUUCCACUAGGAGCCUCCGCUUCACAGAUGCAGAGUACAUCAGCAAGAACUCGCCUCGUUUCCUUCGGAAAUUGCUCUCAGAGGUGGACGGGGGGAAGGAUGUUGAGCAGUCUUUGACUAAGUUCCUUAUGUACAACCCAAUUAAUGAGUUUGAACCCUUUAUGGAGAGCUUGGGUGUGAAGCCAAGCGAUUACUCUUUGAUUGGCCCACGGAAGUCUGUGUUUUUGGGCGAUGAUAAGGGCUUGCUUGACAACUUCCACGUCCUAGUUGAUUAUGGAGUCCCUCGUCACCAGAUUGGUAAGAUGUUCAGGGAAUCCUUUGAGGUUUUCAUGUAUGGCAAUGGGGUGCUAGCUUCAAAACUCCAGGCUUAUGAGGACUUGGGCCUAAGCAAAAGUGUUGUGAUUAAGCUGGUCAUUUGUUGCCCCUCUCUCCUGAUUGGUGAUGUUGACAAUCACUUUGUUCAAUUACUUGAGAGAUUGCACGGUUUAGGAAUAGGAAUCGAUUGGAUCAGUAGGCACUUGACGCCAAAAGGAUCGUAUAACUGGAGAAGAAUGCUCGAAACAAUAAAUUUUCUUGAACAGUUGGGUUGUAAUGAAGAGCAUCUGCAGAAUUUGUUUGAAGCAGAUCCUACUGUAGUGUUUGAAGGUUCUGGAAAGAAGGUUUAUUUACUUCUCGGGCAGCUGAUCAAAUUGGGUCUCGAAGAAGAAAAGAUAUCUUCUUUGUUCAUAGAAAUCCCUGAGAUAUUGUCAGCCAAGUAUGCGAAGAAUCUCAUGAAAGCCAUCCUUUUCUUGUUUGACAUUGGAAUGGAUGCAGAAAGUUGUGCUGAUGUCGUGUCAACGCAUGUGGAACUUUUGAGCUCAUGCCCCUUGAAGCAGCCAAAAAGUGUUUGCAAGGACUUGAAUAUUGACAAAGACCGUUUACUCCAUAUAAUAAGGGAGGAUCCAGUGAAGUUGUUUAGUUUGGCUGCUAAGUCGAAAUCUUCAGGCAUUAAGCGAGUUGAUACAAGUAAUCAAACAGAGAAGCAAGCAUUCUUGCUCAGAUUGGGAUAUGUCGAGAAUUCCGAUGAAAUGAUGGCAGCAUUGAAGAAGUUUCGAGGCAGAGGGGAUCAGUUGCAGGAGAGGUUCGAUUUCUUGGUCCAAGCUGGCCUGGAUCCAAACCUUGCCACAAGCCUAGUUAAACGAGCUCCAAUGGUGCUUAACCAGACAACCGAAGUACUUGAGAAGAAGAUUGACUGCUUGACAAGCUACUUGGGUUAUCAUGUUAAUUCAAUGGCAGCAUUCCCAGCGUAUUUAUGCUAUGACGUAGAGAAGAUCAAUAAGAGAUUCAGAAUGUAUGUGUGGUUGAGAAGCAAAGGGGCUGCAAAAGCCGAGCUGUCUUUAAGCACUAUUCUUGCAUGUUCUGAUAAACGAUUUGUGAAGUACUUCGUAGAUGUCCAUCCUGAUGGCCCAGCCGCGUGGGGAAGUUUAUGUAAUGAUGUAUCUGUUUCAGGCUAA